AUGGUGUUCUCUAACAAAGUCCGCGUCUCGCAUAAUUAUGUUAAUCAAUCAGCACCUGUCCGUAAAUCAACUUGCUCAUCUUUUCUUUCGAGUCCUGUCUUUACGGCAUUAGUGAUACUUCUUAUUUUAUCAGUAUUGAUCACAACGAUUGUUGUACCAGUUGUUUUGAUAAAAACAUCGAACCAGAGUCUCUCGGUUUCACCAACAACAAAUGUAGUCAACGAGACUACGAGUACUUUCUCGACAACUUUAACUUCAACUACAAACAACAUGACUAUGACCAUUACGACUUCUACAACAUCGUCGACUACAACAAAACUAACGACAGCAACAACGACAACGCGGAAGACAACUGCAACCACGACGACAGUAUCGACAACAUCUGAGCCGACCAUAGCUCCCAGUACAACAACAACCAUAAUACAAACUUCGACAACACCUCUGACGGAAGAAAACAACAAUUCCGUGACCAUCAAUAGAAUUGAUACAUCUGAGUCUGAGGCACCUUUAGUCCUAUUUGAAACAACAGCAACGAUGAUGUUUUCGGAGUUAAAUGAGACGAAUACGGCUUUGAUGGAUACAACUUUGCUUAUGUCUACGGAAAAUAUGGAUAAUGCAUAUACGGAAAGAGAACUAUCAACAACGACAACAACGACAGUUAAGACAUCGACUGUAACCACAACAACAACAACGAUGGUUCCACCUAAUCUAUUAAAAAAUCCUGGGGCCGAAGCUGGAAACAUCGCAGGAUGGACACAGCUAGGUCCUGCGGCGGCCAUCGUUGAUUCAGGGGGAAAGUUUAACAAAGAUUAUUAUCCUCGAACUGGAACAUUCUGUUUUGCCGGUGGAUAUGGAGCUAAUGGUGAUAUAUCAGCUUUAUCACAAAAUGUUCCACUGUUAGGUGGUAUUCAAGGAUUCACAGAGACUCAACUUGAUUCUGGUCGUCUCGUGGCACGCGUUGAGUUUCAUUAUCAAACUUGGAAUAAUUUUUUCAUGCGUUAUGAUCAAGUUGAAGUAAUCAUAACUUUUCGAUCGGUGACUUACGCCGAAAUCCAAACAGUGUCAUCUGGCGGACUUACUUGUUCGACAAAUCCUGGAUGGUGUCCCUAUUCAAAAAAUCUCCCAUUACCAAAAGGAACACGAAGUAUUGAUUAUAUAAUGAGAUUCACCAGGAAGGAUACAGGUGGAAGUAACAUCGAUUCUUAUGUGGACGACAACUCGUUGAGAGUCACAUAUUGA